GCCGGUCCGCGGGCGUCACGAUAACACGUUAAUAGCUCUAAGGGUCUAUUACGGCCCGUCACUAUUUAGACACGCAAGGUCUUGGGACACCGGACCGGAGGAAUAUUACACUUUCCCAACAACAAUUAGCCUUUUCUGGCUUUCAUUUACUCGCAGUAUUGACCAGGAGAUGUUACUAACUGAAUAUUAUUCCUAAGUCACUUUUAUGCCCAAAGUUGAAUGGAAACAUCAUCCAAUGUUGCAAGCUUUUCCCUUUCUGACCAACCGUCCAUCCCACACGCUUCAACGGAUACUUCACAUGCUUCCCAACUCAUGCCCACAUGUGUAAUUCAAUGGAGGCAGUAUUUCCGUCAGUUCACUACUUUGCUAUGGAAGAACUGGCUGCUCCGUCUUCGCUCGCCAUUUGUACUCACCGCCGAACUCCUGCUCCCAUUGCUGUUUGUCGCUAUCAUCGUUGUGUUUCGAUAUCACUCGCCGGUCUACCCUCAUCCCGCUUGUCACAUACCCAGCCAAAGCCUUCCAAGUGCGGGUUUUCUACCCUAUAUGAGAUCCAUGAUAUGCCAAUUCAAUCACACUUGCUAUCCAACCGAUCCGGAUGAGGACAUCGGCCGAGUGGGAGCAGCGAAUACGUCCGUGAUCCGGUUUGUUCGCAGCCUGAACAAUCUGAUCACUGAUGAAACUUUUCUAACCUUCCUCGGUCAAUUCAAUGGAUCCAUUUCCUUGUCUGAUCUACUUCCUCUCAUGAGCAUGCAAGACCAGUUGACUGCUGUGUUCACAUCCCUAAUGGAGUUACCCCCUCUACUGUUGACCAACAACAGUGACCAGCUCAGUCUGAUCCAGCGGUUGAAUCGUUCUACGCUCAAAGACAUUUCCUCACUUGUCUGCGGAACAACUGCAAAUGAUAUCAAUCAGCUGAUCGACUUGAUGGACAAAUUGCCGAGCAACAACACAUCGAGCAACAUCACGUUUUUGGCUGAGCUUCUUAAAGGUAUGCCAACGAGAGUGAAAGGUCGACAGGUCGCUAACACAUCUGUCCUCUCUAGUUCGGCCAGGAAGUAUGUUCAUAAUCUGCACAUUUGCGAAUCUCUGAGAACUUUACUCACAUGGCAACCUGUCCUCCAAACAGCGGGGCGGUUACGUCAAUUCCUGUUCGGUCGUGUUGCUUACUACCCCAAUACCUCUUUCACAAACCGCGUGAUUUCCGAUGUGCUCCGCGUACAUCAAUCAUUUUUCCCGAUAAAGGUGGCAACUAAGCGAUAUUUUAGUGACGCGCGCCCAUGGCUUUACCGUUUUUUCAACCAAGAGUUGCACAAACUUCGUGAUUACUUGCUCUUUUGCUCUACGAGCUUUUUUCUUCCCAGCGAAUUGACAUCUUGGUGUAAAUGGCUUUUUUCUUGGUCUGCACCAACCCCUCCAUCCGGCAAUAUCACCCAUUGGACUAACACCAUUGAGACAUUGGACUAUGUUGUAGCCACUGUCGAGUCUCUGCUGGAUUGCAUCGAACUCGAUAACCGAUUCAUUCCGUUUGAAAGCAAAGACGAUUUUGAUGCCUUUCUAAUCGACAACCAAGAAGAUUUUCAAUCAAGUGUGACCGGGUUACUGUUUGAAAACGCGGCAUCCCAUAUGGAUGCAGACAUGUUUGCAACUUCCAAUGAUUCUUCCGCGGGAUUAUUUUCCUUUACCAUUCGAUCCAACCCAUUCCUGAUCGAUACUACAUUCCGUUAUCGCGUGUUUGAUUCCUAUUGGGAACCGUUACCCCGACGUGACCCGGAUUCUGAUGUGAAAUACUUCACCAGCGGUUUCCUCGAUUUACAAGAAAGCGUGAGUCAAGCCAUACUCAAUGUUAUCUCCCUCCAUCAUGGCUCCUUUAGCACGGAGUUGAAGAUGUUUCCAACCGGUCCGUAUUUGGACGACGUAUUUCUACAUCUUCUUGGCCCGCACCUCUCCCAACUCAUGAUCCUCGCCUGGUCGAUGACAAUCGUGACCUUAGUGAAGUACCUGGUUGAUGAGCGGGAGCAUGGUCUACUCGAUAUGCUUCAAAUCCUUGGUGUGCCUCGUGGACUAACCUAUCUUUCCUGGUUCACGACAUCUCUGUGCCUGGUACUUGUGACCACUGUUCCUAUGGUUUGCAUACUCAAGUACACCAGUGUCUUUCCGAAUGCUGAUCUUUCCCUGUUACUUUGCUUCAUACUAACGUAUGCAUUAGCGUUCUUGUCCUACUCCAUCGUAUGCAGCCUGUUCUUCUCUCGCUCCCAUUUGGCUGCUGUCGUCUGCGGUGGCGUGUACUUUUUGGGUUAUUUACCUGCUCCUGUGUUAUUCCGUUUCGAGAGUCUGUUGCCACGUACUUUACUCAUUGUGGCCAGUCUGUUACCUCAAAUUAAUCAUACCUUUGGUUGGGCCUAUUUUGUUCGACUGGAGAUGCGCGGUUCCGGUGCACGAUGGUCUAACUUGUGGGAGGUCUCCAACACCGAGAGCCCCUGUUCUUUGGGGUUUCUGUUUAUUCUCUUGACCUCAUCUAUCGUUGCACAACUCGCACUUGGAUUGAUCGUCAUACCAGCAAUUCAGUCGUUGCUUUCAAAUCGAUUCUCAGUCCUUUCUCCGAAAGCCAUUUGGCAACACAUGGGUGCUAGAUUGGGUGGUUCGUUCAAAAAAUCGCUUGUCGUAAAGCUAGCAACCCCGGUUCCGGACAAUGGGACGAUGGCCAACAUUUCUCUUGAUCUUUCGGAUCAGUUGCUCUCACCAGCUGUUAUCGUUCGCCGACUGAAUUACACUCAUAACUCUUCCAUUCGCCCAUUGAUACUAGACAAUGUCAACCUACGGUUUUAUCCGGGUGAGGUGCACGUACUUUUGGGUCACAACGGGGCGGGGAAGACCACCCUCUUAUCUAUUUUGGCCGGGACCAUUCGGCCUACCUCGGGGAAAAUAGUUCUCCACGGCAAACCAAUGUUCCAUAACCGUGCCUUACGUCUUCAUGGACAGGUAGGCUACUGUCCGCAACACGACAUACUAUACCCUUGUCUCACAGUAAGCGAGCAUAUUCGCUUCUACGCUGGUCUCAUAUGGCUUAAUCACAUCCGAACUCACCUUGAUGUGGACCGUUAUGUGGAUAAGUUCGGAUUCGCCGAUAAGCGGUGCUGUGUGGCGUCCAGUCUCUCUGGAGGACAACGACGUAAGCUCUCCGUCAGUCUGGCUUUUCUCGGACCAACGACCACCGUGACGCUUCUGGACGAACCCACUGCUGGAAUAGAUCCGCUUUCGAAACGAAUUAUUUGGGACACCAUCCAAUCCAUGAAGGAAGGACGGUCUGUGAUUCUGACUUCACAUCACAUGCGAGAAGCGGAAUAUUUAUCUGAUCGAAUCUCCUAUCUGUCCAAAGGUAGAGUUCAUCUCUCAGACACGAGUGUCGCUCUCAAGACUACUUAUGGGACAGGCUACCUGCUUACCUUAGAACUAACCACCCCUCACAGUCCUGGUGAUUCAACCACGUUGAUUAAUCUAGUCCGCGCCCAUGUCCCGGAUGCAGUGGUUCUUUGGGAAUCGCCGCACUCGUUGUGCAUGCGUCUUCCUGUUCACGGUGCACUGAAUGGUCAGUUUGCCUUGUUAUUUGAACAUAUUGAAGCAUGUCAUUCUCAUUCGGAAUCCAAGAUCGACGGAGAUAACACUGCUGAAGUGCCUAUAGCACAGUUUAGCGUUACAGAUUCUUCUUUGGACGAUAUAUUCAUGGGAUUUGAUUCUUCGGUAAACGGUUAUGCGGAUCACAAGGAUGUGAAUGGUUACUGUUUGCCAGGAGACUCAGCAAACGUACUUGACCCGGCACCGCUAUCGUCCCCACCCCCAUCACGUUUAGCUGAGUCCGUACACUACCCCUUAAAGCUGAAACACGAUUUCCUCUCUAAGUGGCAGUCCAUGUUCCCAUUGCAAGAGCAAAAACAGAAACCUCCCGCGGAUUACCUGCAGAGCACGAUGACAGCCAGCACUCAAAAACCAUCCCUGCGCGCCCUGUGGUUGCUCUAUACUCAGGCUUUUGUUAUGCUUUUCAUCCGUCUUCAUUACAUCAAACGCAACAGACGUGUGUGGUUUUUCCAGUUUUUUGUGCCUUUUUUUGUUCUUCUCUUUGCACUUGUCCUCAUUACUUUGUAUCAACCUCAGGUGGAACAGCCACCAAUGGAUUUGAACCCUUGGUUGAUGACAGCCAGUCGAGGUACAGACCAGAUAACCUUUUUUUCUCACGAUGUGUGCUCUUCCGGACUUUCCAACAAACAGCUCUCCUUAUCCUCACUCACCGAUACUCAUACAUUUCACCGGCCAUUUUCUUGGACCGGUACACGUUGUAUACCACGUGCACUCUAUUCUCCUCGUCCUAACAUUCCUGUAUGCACCCAUGUGACAAAUUUGUCCUUCACACCACAACUUUCCCCUCCGAUAUCCCUUGUGAACCGUAGUUGCCUUCAGUAUAAUUCGCCUAUUCGCCCCGUCUCACAACGUCUGCCUACCAACGAUGUUCUUAUCAAUCUCACUUUCUUCAACGUUUCCGAUUAUCUGCUCAACACCCACUUUGAAAGAGAGUGUUUUGGUGGUAUUUCCAUUCACUACGCCGCUGUCUCGGAAUCGGAUGCGUUGAUUGAGGGGAUGAUUCGUUCACUUGCCAAUCGGUUGGACCCCACCAAUAAGUCCUCCACUGGUUUGAUCCACACACUUUUCCAAGCACCGCGAGUUCGGGUCAGAAUAUGGUACAAUAAUCGAGGUUAUGUCUCCGCCCCGGCCUACCUGAACAUGCUUCACAACCUUCUGCUGAGAAGUCAGAAAGAUGCGGAAGUUGAUCCAUUUUCGGGGCUUGUCGUCACCAAUUAUCCCCUACCUUUUCCCCGGACAGCUUGGUUUAUCACUUUUCGCGAGGCGUUACAGGUAGAGACUGUCUUCUCGUUAUUUCUCAUCAUCGCCUUGACUGUGAUACCGGCCAACUUUGCUGUUCUUCUCGUUUCCGAACGCCAAUCCGGCUUGAAACACUUGCAACAGCUGUCCGGUCUCCAACCGUAUAUGUAUUGGCUCGUCACCUUUAUGUGGGAUUUUCUAAUCUACUCCUUGUUGUCUUUCGUGUGCUUUUUACUUUUGCUUUGUUUCCGAAAAACCACCUAUGUCGAUCCCAUGGUUGUUGGCCCAUUCCUCAUUACUGUGUUGCUCUUCGGAUCCGCUAUGAUUCCAUUUGUAUACUUGACAGCUCUAUUGUUUAAGCACCCUAGCACCGCGUAUGUGAUGAUCUGUGGAUGCAACAUGUUCCUCUCCUCUCUCACUUUGUCCGCGAACCUGUUGCUUAAGAUUCUCUUGUACCAUAAUCCCACUGCAUUGGUUCAGACCACGGUAUCUCAUGUAAACCGUACAUUGAUGUACAUCUUUCCGCACCAUUGCAUUGUCUCCACCGUGUUCGACUUGAUGGUGAAUGGUUUUUUUCGUGAGCACCACAUCCCACUAUCCUCCAUACCAGAAGGAGUGUCUCCUCACAUAUUCUCUGCCUGGGACACUUGGAAAUUCACAUACACACAGAUGAUAUGUCUCGUAGGACAGACUUCGGUGUUCCUGUUGCUGAUUUUAAUCUUGGAAUAUCGAUUUUAUCUAUGGCAAAUGUGGGACCGAAGGCUACUCAAGGAGUUCGCGGUCGCCCCUCCUGAGUCCGUCUUUUCGCUCACCGUGGUCAGUUCGUCGGACACAUGCGCAACGCCAGGUCCAGUGCUCCGAAUCCACCGUCUGUCCAAACGCUAUUCGUCUCAGCGGAAGCCAGCUUUGAGUAAUCUCACUCUCUCUGUCCGCGCCGGUGAGUGCUUUGGUCUGCUUGGCACCAAUGGAGCUGGCAAAUCAACCACCUUCGCUUUACUCACCGGGCAGUAUCCAGUUUCACGAAACCACCUGUUUCUCAACGGCGUUGAUCUCUCCCAAUAUUGGAUUGGCCGACGGGGAUAUCCUAUCAUUGGGUAUUGCCCGCAACAGAACGCGCUGCAUGAUUUUCUCACCGCCAGAGAAACGUUGUUAAUGCAUGGCCGUCUUCGCGAUCUUUCGGGUAAGCAACUUGACUCCAGCGUGGAAGGUUUGCUUAAAACAACUGGCCUGGAAGCUUACGCUGAUUUUCAGAUACGGACUUACUCGGGAGGCACCAAACGAAAGUUGUGCGCUGCCGUUGCUUUCAUUGGCGAUCCCCAGGUAAUUCUUUUGGACGAGCCAUCUAGCGGCAUGGAUCCAAACGCAAGGCGCCUUCUUUGGGCUCACAUUCAGUCGGCUCUUCGGCGCCGACGCAUCGUCGUGCUCAGUUCGCAUUGCAUGGAAGAGUGCGAGAGGCUGUGUACUCGUGUUGGUCUUCUCGUUGAUGGGCAAUUGCGUUGUGACGAUAGCCCAUUGGAAUUGAAAAGACGCUUCAAUGUAGGUUACACAGUCGAUUUCGAACUCACUGCUGAGGCCCUCUCCAUGGAUGUGUCAAAACUGAGAACUCGGUUGCAGCAAUUUCUACCAGAAUUGGAUUUAUCUUUCCCACUCCAUAUUCGACAGAGGUACGAGUAUGCACAGGAGAAGCAAUUGUCCAAGCUCUUUCGGGCUCUCCAAGCUCUGUAUGAGCAAAAGCUAGUCAGACACUUUUCUGUGAAACACAGCACUUUAGAGGAUGCAUUUGUCAAAUGCCUUGUUGCUCCAUGAGUUGCACUUUCAAGUCCACUGUUCGGCCUGUACUCUAUUCCAUUCUUCUCCACGCAUGCGUCGGCUCCUGUUGUUGUUGUUGCUGCCUUGGAUGCUGAAUAAUGAAUAAGGUUGCGUCGAUUCGCCCCUUUCGUUUAUUUACUAGUUUCAUAUUUCUUUGUUUCCUGUGCUUCUUCCUGUGAUUUUUCCUCAGUCAAAUCGUUGCCUCACCCUGCCGUCAUAUGAUCUCUUCAUUUGCCGUUUCUGUUAUGCUUCAGACACCACGGCUAACACUCUCGAUGAUCUCAUCGACUACUGUUGGUUCGUGUACAAAUCACUGAGCAAUUGAUCAUCGCAUUUAUUUUUUCACUCGUGUCAUAUUUCAUCUCCCCUUUUCCUGUCGAACGCAAUAUGAACAUGGCCGCACUUUUACCAGCC